AUGUCAUCGACAGCUCGACCAAGCUCUCAUAAUGGCUCAAGUGAACUUCCUGGCAGAUUAGAGCCAUCGCCCACCCCCGAGCUAGACAUCAAGAAGCUCCAAUCCCUCCCAUCAGAACAACAAGACUUAUAUCUCCUCAAUUUUGUCUCGACGCUCACGAAGCAUGUGGAAGGCUUGGAACCAGACGACUGUACCGCUCAACAGCUUUACCUCAAGAAAGAACUCUUUCAAAUACUCAAUCUCGCAGCUCCUCCUCCUACGAGAGUCAUUCGAAAUAAUUUGGGACGAUGUUUCGCACAUGUGCUAGGGGAAGGGGAUAGGAAAUUGCUGUUCGAAACGAUUAAUGAUCUGGUUACAAUCAUCAGUAAUGGGAAGACAAAGACAGACGGGGAUUUCAGGACGAAACAUGCAGCUGUUUACUGUUUAGGGGAUGUAUUCGCAGCCGCUGGAGACAGCGCAAUUGGGUUACAUUCUUUGGCAUGCAGUGCUAUACUCAAGCUAUUGAAGUCCGCGCAAAACAAUGCGGGUCUACGAGCGGCGAUAUUCAAAGCUGCGAGCAAGAUUGUAGGAAUGGUUGCGACAAGUAUGGACGACACAAUCGCAAAGGACAUAUGGAAACAAGCAAGAACUUAUGCUUCGAGUGAGAAGUCAGCCUUGGUACAGAUUGCUGCAUGUAAAUGCUUGAGGAGUCUGUGUAAAAAUACGCAGUACUAUGAUAAUUCAAGCGAGUUCGAAAGUUUAAAGUCGACGAUCUUCAAGACUAUAGAUUCGCCCAGCGCAUUGGUUCGACAGGCAGCAGCAGAAUGUUUGGCAGAGGCAUUAGUGAAGAGUCAUUCUGAGGAGCCUCCCCGGGAUAAUGAUAUACCAAUAAUCAAGAAGAUCAAAAGGACGAAUACCAAUAAACGUUCAUCCGUAAUAGCUGGACAGGGGCUUGACGACGAUGAAAUGCCCUCGAGGCCUGGAACUCCCACCGGUAACAAGAAAAGUCAAAUACUCGUUCUUACACUGCAAGAGAUAUUGAAAGUAUUGUCGAAUCAGUAUAUCAAAAUAUCUACAACUAACAGAGCUCGCGCCGGAAUAGCUGUCUGCUACAGUCGUAUAUUCAAAAGCAUGAGCGAAAGAACGGUUGAGACGAUGUAUAUGCAGAUUGUGGACCAUCUUACUGUGGAACUUCUAAGCCAUGCAAACAUAACCUGUAAUAGAUAUCGUUUGUUAAGCACACGUAAAUUUGUGCAAAUCAUCCUCGAAGAUGUUGUCGGCCAUUCCAUACUUGGCGAAUCUGGACAAUUGGACGCUGCAAAGUCCUUAGUCAAUGACAUUCUGAAAAACUACCCCCAAGUUAUCAAAGAGAGAGCUGAGCCUUCGAAGCACACGCUCAUUGCCACUCUAAGCGCACUGGCCUCGUUGAUCAAAACUUUGGGGUCAGCCGCGAAUGUAAUUGCCGAAGGAUGUCGGGAUGGACUAUUGCAAGUCCUUCAACAUCCAAGUUACACGGUUCAAAUAUAUACAUCAUAUUGUUUACGAACGUUUACUCUGGCUUGUCCCCAGCAACUUCUGCCAUGUCUUACUAUUUGUAUGAACAGCGUCAACCGAGAAUUGAACUUGCUGAAUACCGGACGAAACUCACCAAGGCGAUGUGUAGGGUAUGCCAAUGGGCUGUCUGCCAUGAUUAGCACAGCAAACUUACAACCGCUUUACGGCUCAGUCGAUGUUAAUAGUCGUGUCCUUUCCCUCGCGACCAACCUUCUCAAGUCUAGUAGUAAAUCGGAAUUGCGUGUCUCAAGCACUCAAAUUCAGGUCGCUUGGAUCCUUAUAGGCGGGUUGAUGUCGUUAGGACCGAAUUUUGUGAAGAUUCAUUUAUCUCAAUUGCUUUUACUAUGGAAGAAUGCAUUGCCAAAGCCUCUUGCAAAAGACAAUACUUCUCAACGGAGUUUUCUCGAAUCAUCCUUUCUCACUCACGUUAGAGAAUGUGCUCUUGGCUCUAUUUUGGCGUUCCUGCAAUUUAACAGCCGCCUCCUGACUGCAGACGUUUCUAAGCGAAUUGCUGCCAUGCUUACAAAUACUUCGGCGUUCUUGAAGAGUCUCCCAUCGAAAAAGUUGUCGGAUGAUGUCACCCAACGAUUGACUCCAUCGUUGCAAUUACAAGAUCUUGAUUUGAUGGUUCAGCGUCGCGUUCUUCAAUGUUAUGCCAGACUGGUUACGCUUAGUCCAGUUGGCGGAAGUGAAGCACUACUACAAUCGAAUCUUCUUACGCUUGCUGUGUCAUUCUUUGCCGAUCCUGAAAAUUAUAGUCCGAGUUCCUUAUCCACGUCAAUUGCGAGCUCAGCAGGUAAUUUCGAAACCGUCUGGGAUGUUGGAGACAAUUCUGGCUUUGGGGUCACAGGCCUGGUUCGAGGCUUCAAUGUACAAAAGCUGGCUUCUGAACAAGAAAAUGGAUCUCAAGAUGACUGGAUAAAAGAAACGGGGUCAGAUAUUGACAUAUCAAACGUCUUGUUAUCUCCUAUUUGUAGCUCCCUUGAGCAUGACUCCAUUUCGCUCUAUUUGGGUGAUAUCCAAAAAGAAGAUAGUCUACCAGAUCCGCCCGCUACAGAAGUCGUCAACAUCGCUAUUAGAUUAUUCGCAAUCGCUUUCCCGAUCACUCCCCCCAAAAUCCAGGAGAAUCGCUACGUUCUUAUCCACUGGUGCACUCCAACGAGACCCUGGACGCAAAGCCGCUAUCAACGUCAAUAUUGCGACCGCUUUGUUUUCCGCGCUGAAGGUGGCUGUGAAAGAGACAUCAUCCCCCCUGGCGACCUCACCAAUCCUGCUGUGGAGAAGCUCAUGCAAGAAAUUCUUAGGUCAUUUGUUGUACACCAAGAUCAAUAUGUACGCAACAUUGGCUAUGAGUCUCUAGCUCGACAGUGUAAUAUUUCCGGUAAUACAUAUACCAACUUGGAAAUCAAACACCUGAUUGAUACCAUUGUGAGCAACCGUGAGCCGAGCGCUAGAGCUGGUUGUGCAAUGGCACUUGGGUGCAUUCAUUCUCAAGUCGGAGGAAUGGCAGCAGGCUUUCACUUGAAGACGAUAUUGGGAAUUUUAAUGUCAUUGUGUAAUGAUCCACAUCCUACUGUUCAUAUCUGGGCGCUCGAGUCACUAUCACGUGUCGCGGAAUCAGCUGGUUUAACAUUUUCAGGUUAUGUAUCGAGUACGCUUGGCAUGCUGUGCCAAUUGUAUGUUUCGGAUACACAUAACGAGGAAAUUUCUUCCCUGGCUACUUCAAAUCUAGAAUUGGACUUAUCUACAACUGCUGUUAUUGCACGUUGCAUAGAUUCUUUGGUCAAUGUUCUUGGCCCUGAUCUUCAAGAUAUGACCAAAGCUCGAGACCUGAUACUUACUAUGGUAGGACAGUUUGGGGCAGAGGAAAACAUUUUAGUCUUGGCUGGUAGUCUGAAAUGUCAAGAACAUUUAGCGCUAUAUGCUCCAGGUCACAUGGAAUUCGUAGAUUAUGUUGUCCUUCUCCAGAAAGAUCUCAAAUCCGAUAUUUCUUUACUGAGAGACAUCGCCAUUGACGGUCUAUACAAUCUUAUGAAGCGUAAUUCGGAGGAUGUUGUAAAGGCGGCUGAGACUGGUUUCGAAGAUCAACUUUGGCUGGCUUUGGAUUCAGACCCCGCACAUGACGGUAUCAGGAACGUUAUCCGGAAUUGGUUACAACAAUCUUGUUUGACAGAAACUCCACGAUGGCUACAAAGAUGCCAAACUGUCCUAUCGAUGACGCGACCCAAAGCAGAAGAUUCCACAGCAAUAUCUGCAAAGGUUAGUGCCAUGCCUGAUCUGCAGGAUGAAGAAGUAGCAGGGUUCGCAGCUGCUUCCGGUAUGACCAAAGAUACGAAUGCCCCUGCUGCGGGUCAAGAGCCACUUAGAUGGCAGGUUCGAACAUUUGCCAUGAGCUGUUUGGGAGAAAUAUUUGCAUUGGUUAGCAAGGAUCUAGCAGCUAAUGGUAGUUCAGCCGCGGAAGUUGCUUUACAAAAGAGGGUUGCCGAUGUUAUUCGAAUGGCAUUUUCUGCCUCCACAUCUAAUGUUGUGGAGCUCCGAGUCUGGGGUUUGAAGAUAAUCGAUGCAGUGUUGAAGAUGUUUGGCCAUACACCAGAUCCUGAUUUUGCCGAGGCGCCACUUCUAGAGCAAUACCAAGCUCAGAUUAGUUCUGCUCUUACGCCAGCUUUUGCCGCCGACUCCUCGCCCGAAUUAGCGUCUGAGGCUGUCAACGUUUGUGCGGCUUUCAUUGCUACUGGUAUUGUUACUGAUGUCGAUCGAAUGGGUCGUAUUCUCAAAACCCUGGUGACUGCACUGGAGAACUUCUCGACGGAGUCUGAAGUUGCAUCUAUUGGAGAUCUGAAGGGCCUCAGUUCUAAUGCUCAGGUCAUGGUCAAGAUGGCGGUCUUCUCUGCUUGGGCUGAGUUGCAAGUAGCCAGCACAGAACAAAAGUAUCUUGUGGAUGUUCUCAAACCAUACAUUGGUACAUUGACUCCACUAUGGCUUGCUUCAUUGAGAGAAUUUGCACGUUUAAGAUUUGAGCCAGAUAUUUCGAUGAGCUUAGGUCCCCCAUCUUUGUCUGGCAGUCUAGAUAGUAUUUAUUCUGCAUUGAACCGAGAGACUUUAUUGAGAUUCUAUCAAGAUUCAUGGCUCAAGCUUGUUGACGCUAUCGCUAGUCUCAUUGAACAGGAUAGUGAAUUUGUGUUCAAUGCUCUUGAUGGCAAGGAAGCUGAUGCUCCUUCGACAAAUGGAAAUUCGAAAGGGAAUGAUAUCAACUACCGAGACGAACCAGUCGCAUUCUUCUUUGUUCUAUUCGGUAUUGCGUUCGAAGCACUCGUUGCUAAACCUGGAAGUGAGGCCCUGGCAUCAAAGGGACAGACACUCGAGAUUUUGCAGGCUUUGAAGAAGAUCUUGCAUCCUAGUGUGUCUGGACAUGCGAUAUAUAGAGAGGCAAUAUUUUCAGAAACUAUGGAUCUACUAGACCGACUCGUUCUUACCGAAGGUCUUGAUGUUCAAACUGUUAUUGUGCAAAUCGCAAGAAGUCUGUGCAUUUCCCAUCCAUCGGCCACCAAGGCGGACGUGGCCGAGGGUGAGGAUCUUUCGGAGGAUAUCGAACAGCUUUUUGAACUGACUAGAAUUAUUGUUUUGGUACUUGCUGGUCUGCUACCAAACUUGAUUGAAGCACAGCAACCAGCUCGUCAUCCACUAACAGAUGAAGCUGUUUCUUUGGUCAGAGUGUCUCUCAAUGCAUUGGUUGAUGCUGCCGAAGUUUUUCCAUCGAUAAUUAAAACAGAUCUGCACGCUUGUAUCAUUCAUAUAUUUGCUACCAUCCUUGGAACAGGAAGUUGCCAAGCCGUGGUAGUCCCUCAAUCGCUCCCAAUACUCAAACGAUUCAUCACGAGUGUCUCCGCAUCGUAUAAAACACAAAAUCCUAAACACAAUACCAGCAUCAUACAAUUACAAGGUUGCCUCAAACGAUUCUUAUCGAUAUAUAUGAACGCCCAAAAGCGAGAGACAGAAGUAUCUCUACCAUGUGUCAAAAACGCUCUCCUUGCUUCAACAUUGUUGCUUACUAGUGGGACAAAUCAUCUAUCUGCUAGUGAGCCACUUGUCACUCGUUUCCUGGAUGAAGUCGUAGAUUGCUUGAGUGAUCGAAUGACCGCAAAAGUAGCAGCAAACUGCAUUCGCAGUCUCCUUCUCACAAAUCCCAAAACAGCGGCAGAUCAAACCAUUGCGCGUUAUCUUUUACCCCUCUUGAUUACCUUCAGCACAAAUACCGCAGCUGAAGACCCUGAAAAUGCCAGAGCACUAACAUUGCAUGCCCUAACAGCUUUCGUUGUUUCACUUGAUGGCAAACAAAGAGCAGUAGCUAUGUCUGUAGUCAUACCUACAUUAUUGAAACGCGCGAAUGGCGACGGGGAGAAAGUUUGGAAGGAAACUAAUGCAAGAUUGCUUGAGAUGGCGGCGGCUGAUCCAACAGCUUUUAGAGCAGUAGUUGGUGGAAUGACGGCAGAGCAGAAGGGGUUUAUGGAGGGAGUUCUGGUUAAAGGCAGAGAGGGGGGAAGGGGGAAGAUGGAUGAAGAUGAGGAGGGGGGAAGAGAACCCACGAUUGCUUUGAGGAUGGAUUUUGGUGGAUAA